AUGAGUAUGAUACCGAUUCAGCAGAGCCUCGCGGCUUGGGGUGGUGGCCACAACGGAGAUGUCCGCGAUGCGGAAAAGACCGCUUACCUCCACCGAACUCGACACUACCUCCACGCCUUUUGGCCGAAAGAGUGCAAGGAGGCGGGAGACACCUCAGGUAUUGCUUGCAUGAUGGUGCUGGCAAGACACAUGAACAACGGCAUCACCGACUACAAGGAGGCUAUCCCAACUCUGGAGGGCCCCGGAUCGAGUAGACUGCGGGAGGAAAAGAGCAACCCGCUGCUGCGACUGUCAUGGAAGGCGGUGCCCCUGCAGACAAGCCAACAGUACGAGAUGCUCAAGAAGGAGAUGGUCCAGGCGGAUGGUAACUACAAGAACCAAUACUCCUUUGACUUUUGGAACCACUCGGAGUUGAUGAGCAAGACCCUCUGGGACCGAGAAACGUAUCGCCUUUUUGGUUCGAUGAUGGCGAAGAGCGAAAACGCCGAAUGGAAAGCUGCAGAGUCACCCCGAUCCCAAGUCAUCGAGAUUGACAACGCCAGGACCGAAAAGACCGGUUUUGACGUGUCCGCAGCCAUCAAAGAAUAUUGUGGUUCCUUCCCGCUCGAGGGUACGGAGACUGAAGAGCGAUUCCACUUCGCCUGGUGCCCGGAGGUCAUUAGAGUCCGAUACACCCCCUCAGCCCUCGACUACAAGCAUCUGGACGCUCUCCAUUCCUUCAACGUCGAGCUGCCCUAUGGCGUAGAUUUUCCGGAGAAACAGAAGUAUGAGCAGUACAACCUCACGGCAGCGGUCCGACUCAGAGGAGCCGGCAUCUACGAGGAGGACAAGAGGGACCGCAUCCGACUCUUCGCGGCAAGCGGCUACGACAUCUACCCAGAGGCUCCCUCCCCCUACGCCGACAUGAAGUGGGACAUUGCCGAGUACGGCCAUACGUACUGCCUCUACUACAGCCGAACGCGGGCGCACCGGUUGCCUCCUCUCACCGACCUUGAACAAGAGAGCCGAGAUGCCUGCGACGAGGGACGAAGAAGCGCCGAAUACCGGAAGAUCUGUGAGAUUAUGUCACGCAAGGAAGAGGGCGACGGAACCAUCUGCGUCUACGAGAUGGUCAAUCCCGAGUUGCGGAAGAACUAUCCUCAAGAGAGGAGGGUCAUCGAUAUGAGCGGCUUCCGUCCCUGGCCCAGAUCGCGCAGGCGCCCCCCCGUCGCCGUCGCCCCCACCCCCUUGAAUAUCAACAAAGAAGAUGUCGAGAUGAAGGAUGCGUCUGCUCCCACCAGCUCCGUGCCGGCCGUCUCACAGAACCUGUCGCAGUUGUCGUAG